UUACCAGGGCUGGUCCAGUGGGUAUAAAGAAGGGGUACGCCAGGAGGAAGGAACCAGCAGAGAGGCAGAAGAGAAGCCCAGAGAAAGCCAGGGCGUGCACAGCAUCAUGGGUUCCAUUCUCCCUCUCCUCCUCCUCAUUCUGUUCUUUGCCAGUCAACUCCACGAUAGAGUCGAUGCCCAUCCUGUCUACGAUUCAGAACUGGGAGACUUCAAGGCCCUCCUGGAGCGUUUGGAAGACAAACUCGAGCAGGAAGAAAGGGAAUCGGGGCCCAGCCAAAGCUUUAACGAAGGGAACGAGGAAGAGGGCGGAGAGGCUUCCCAAACGCUGGCUUCUUGGGACGGCGGGUACGGAAGGCCCCCCAGCGAAGGCGCCCUCGGACGCGGCAGCUGGCAGCCCCCAGAGGGGGCCCAAGCGGCAGCGAAGAGGAGGCUGGGGGCGCUCUUCCACUCACCCCGCAGCAGGCUUUCAAACUGCUUUGGCCAAAGGCUGGACAGGCUGGGCUCAUCCAGUGGCCUCGGCUGCAACAGGAACAGGAACUGAAGAGGCCGCAGAAUCCCGACACCCCACCUCCGGAGGCCAUUAACUCCCACACCUUUCCUGGAGCCCCCGAAACCCUCCUCAGGCCUUUAGCAAGCAACCCCUUCUGCCAACGACCGAAUGGAGCCUCCUUGACCUGCGGCCAACCCACUGGCGUAUCACUCCGGCGUGGCUUCCCUCACAGGGCUGUUGUGAACAUUCUGCGAGAGAAGGGACGCCAUCCAUCACGUACUGGUGGGAGCUCUGGGGAUAGGGAGGGGGAGACAUCCGAUUUCCCCUCCCUUCCCUCUUUUGACCUGAGAAUCUGAAUGCCAUUGUAAAAGUUGGUUCCCUAACCCACACCACGUUUCAUGCCUCAAUACUGGAUUGCCUUGCGAUAGGAAAUUAAAAUUCAGCACCCUGGA